AUGACCCUCCUCACCUUGCCCAAUUUUGUCCUUCUCAUCACAUCGUACAUUACUUGGAAGAUCCUAUAUCAGCUCGUCUACUAUCGUUUCUUUCAUCCCCUCUCCAAGUUCCCCGGACCUUUUUGGGGUAGCGUCACACGACUCUGGAUCACAUAUCAUAACUUGAAAGAAGACGAGUGCUCGACUUUCCGCGAGCUCCAUCGGAAACAUGGCCCAGUCAUUCGCAUCACACCGACCAUGCUUCUCGUAAGCGACGCGACAAAGCUUCCCGUCAUCUACAACAGAAACGCGAGCAAGUCGAAGCACUACAUCACGGGGAGCUUCGGCAAGGAUGAGUCCCUUUUCAACAUGCAGGACGCCCGCGUCCACGCCAAGUUUCGCAAGAUCGCAGCGGGCCCGUACAACUUCACCAAUGUCAAGAAGAUGGAACCCCUCAUCGACGCCCAAAUCCAGCACUGGAUCCACCGUCUCGACGAGAAAUUCGCCACCACCCGGGAGUCCUUUGACUUUUCCCCUUGGGCCGUGUAUGUCGCCUACGACAUUAUUUCCGAGGUGGGUUUCGGCGCGCCGUUCGGCUUCGUGGCCCAGGGGAAAGAUGUCGAGGGGCUGAUCAAAGGGUUCCAUGAUGGACUGGUACCUUUUGGCAUCAUGGCUCGAUUGCACCCCAUGACGACCUGGAUCAAGAGCACGUUCCUCGGCAAAUACAUGGUUGCUAGUCCUGAGCAGGAAUCCGGCAUCGGGACUCUCAUGCGUUUCCGCGAUCGGCUUAUCGAGCAGCGGUUCAAAGACCUUGAGGCUGGAGCAACCAAUGGACGAGUGGACCUACUCCAGACGUUCAUCGAAGCUAGGGACGAAGAAGGCAAGCCUCUAAGCCUCGAUUACAUCAAAGCGGAGAUCCUGCUCGUCCUCCUCGCUGGUGCAGACACAACCGGUACAGCUUUCCAAGCCCUAAUGCUACAUCUGCUCUCGAAUCCGCCGGUCUACGACAAGCUCAUGGCCGAGAUCGACGCCGCCACCCGUGCUGGCAAGCUGUCGCCGAUGCCUCAAUACGACGAGGUCGCAGCUAGUUGCCCCUACUACAUCGCGUGCGUCCGCGAAAGCCUGCGCCUCAACCCUUCCGCCCCAAACAUCUUUCCCCGUCUAGUUCCCGAGGGCGGCAUGGAGCUGUUUGGCAAGACCGUCCCUGAGGGAACAGAGGUUACCUGCAACCCGUGGCUCGUCCACCGAGAUGUCAACAUAUACGGCGACGAUGCUGACACGUUUCGCCCGGAGAGGUGGCUCGAUGCUGAUAAAGCACGCGAGUUCCAGAAGUAUAACAUGGCGUUCGGAUACGGGGCGCGUGGUUGCCUUGGCAAGGAUAUUGCCAGCAUGGAGCUGUAUAAGGCCCCUCUGCAGUUCCUGAGAUCGUUCAAGGUUGAUGUUGUAAAUCGUGACAGACCAGCGGAAUACCUUGUUAAGGGAGGGGUUAGUUACUUUGAGAACAUGUGGGUUCGGAUAGAGAAACGCGCGGCCGUGGUGUGA